AUGAGCGGAGACAAGCAGAUUCAAGUAGCGGUGCUGGGCACCUUGAUACUAAAUUCCCUUGCAUGUGUCUGUGUAUUCUGCAAAACUGCUUGUCGAUGGAGGGACUCUACAUCUAAAGAAAUGCCUAUAGUAUGGAAAGUGUCACUCUAUACUGCGACGCUUGACUUUAUGCUAUGUAUCAUAAUGAUGCUCGAAACGGUAUCACCCAAGCCACACAUGGGACAGAGUUUUAUGAUAAUGAAGGGAAUCGCACUCGUGAUAAUUUCAAUGUCUAUGUUUAUGGGAGGGACCAUGAUAGUGUUGACGUAUCUAAAUUUAUGUAAGAAAAUGGAUUUGGAUUUGGGAAGACAUGAUUGGAAAUUAUUCGCAAGUGUGAUGGGAGCAUCAUUACCAUUGUCGUUCACAGCAUGGAGUAUUGGUCAUCUGAUUUCGGGUUGGAUAAUCACGUUGCCCGUGAUUGUAGUCUUUGUUUCUAUAUCGAUUACAGCUCUGCUGGUGUUGUACUGUUACGUAAAUACAUUGAACGUUAUAUACAAGGUCGGCCAUGAUUUACUGGGCAGUAACAUGGCUUCACAGAGGACAGUACUCGAGAAGGCUGUUUCCAAGAAGCUGUCAUACUAUUUGUGGGUGUUCUUCUGCAGAGUAUUGUUGUUAGUGGGAUACAUUAUAACACUCGUGAAUAAGUCCACUGAUGCAACCGUAUCUGCUAUAAUACUCUUGGGUCUUUCUAUUGGAGUUUCAUUUAAUGUUAUAUUUUCUGUAUUAUAUCUGGAAUCUACUACGAGAUGCUGUCUAAAGAAAAAGACUUCAAUUGAGAUGGAUGACGAAAACAUAUGUGUAAACAAAACACCACAGACUCCAAUGACUGUGAUCGUGAGCACGCAGAAAUAA